AUGCCAGGGAAUUCCAGUCGUCGUUAUGUCUCGGCAAGUUCCAGCGAUGAUGCCGAAAGCAGCUCACGAGGAACAGCAAGACGGCCCAGAUUCGCCGAUUUUCAGAAAAUUCCUGGUAUUGGAGCAAGGCCUAGAAAGAGGGUUGUCGUUGUUCAAGAUGAUGAUCAGACAGUGAGAAAGGUUCGCCAUAAUGAUGAGGACGAUGACAGUGAUGGUGGGGUGACCGUACGUGGUUUGCAAACUUCAUCACCCAGAGCGGCGAACAGGGUUAGUCUUCAAGGUACUAAAGCCUAUGGGAAAUCAAAGGCAUCGCUGCAGUCAGAGAUAUCGUCGAGGCCCAUCGCCAGCCAGCAGGGCUCUUCAAGCUUGAAAAUUGCUUCGCUGUGGAGUCGACUAGACGAUGAGGCUAGCAGAUAUGCUUACGAUGCCCAAGACCCCGAAAAGUCAAUACGUGAGAGAUCCGCGGCGUCCAGAAUGCACAAAGCAGCUUUGAUGAAACUCGAUACCCAUCUGAAGCGCGUGCCUGCUUGGAUGAGGGACGUUUGCAAGAAUCGUAGUAUCAGUCUUCCUCGAUUGACGGACGCGAUACUGAACACUGACAUGAGCAGCGUCAUGUCUGAACAAACCUUUCUCGAAGAGGUUCCAGCAGAUGUCGCCCUCCGUCAAGCCACGCUGUCUGCACAGGAGUGGGAGAACACAGAGGGUCAUGCGCUUAUCUUUCAAGGGCGACAGGCCCCGCGCCUGACUUCGGAGCAAUCCGCAUCUAUUCAAAGAAAGCUCGACGAUCUUCGAUCAGAAACUGCCUUUUGGACCAGUGCAUUGCCUUGGGAAUACAAGGAUGUAUCAUUUGACUGGAAGGAAGUCAAGGCUCUCUCUCGACUGCACAAGAAACCCGGCAUGACGUUGGAAAAGAUUCUCGUCGGUACGCUCGAUCAGGACGUCGAAAAGAGAUUUUCAGAAUACGAGAGCAGUCGGAUGACCUUGAAGUAUCUUGAGAGUCGCCGGGGUCAGGGCAAGAAUGGGCCUGUGGAUCUCGAACAGCGUAUCGAAUCCAUCGAGAGCUCCUUGGACGAGGACGCGGCAUACUUCAAGAUUCUGGUAGAUGCUGUAUCGAGACACGAUUUGGCGGAGAAGUAUCCGUCCGAUGACUCUAAGGCUGAUCCAGCAUCGACUCUCCGUCUUGGCUCGAGCUUUGCUGCCCAGACGACAGGGCAUGGCAAUCGGAGCGGGGCACUGGGUACUGCUGGCAAGUCAAGGACAACUCGCCCAGAUCACCGCCUGGAGAUGCAGAAGUUGGGUCAUCUUCCUGACCGAAUUCGGCCCGACUAUUCCCUCAGUAACGAGGACAUCUCGCCAUUCGAGAGGUUCAAAGACGCUUGUUCCGAACUCACAAAGCUCAGGUCUGCGCCUCAGACGGUAAGUCAAACGAUUCAACUCAAGGCGAACGAGUGCUCUUUCUACCUCGACAGCUUGGGCAAGUCGUUCAAGCCUCUCCAGCCCAUCGAGCUAUCUGCCUCAAUCAUUGCGAAGACCACGUUUGACUCGACCAAAGAGACUACGUUUGCCAAAGUAUUGAGACAGAUCUCGGAACAGGAUGCCUGGAAGCUGACUUACAGACGAUGCAAGGCAGCGGGAGAGACGGAAGAUCUAUCCGCUGCCGAUGAUCUCUGCAAAUCCGCACAGAUCUUCUCUAAGCGGAGCGGCUGGACCUUGGAUGAGCAGACAGUGACGCGAAGUUUCGCUCGAGCAAUCAGCGGGACGCUAAACGAGACGCAAAUACCCAACGAUGAGGCUGUUGGGAAGCUGCUAGAGGCAUACGACGAGUAG